AUGUCUGCUUUUGCAAGGGCACUCUCUCCCGCGAUUCGUGAACUUCGUAUUCUCUGCUCCCAGUCGGGACCAGGCUCCGAGGGGACCCGGCAAUUUAUUCAGUCUGCGUACCCAGCAAUAAAGAAAGCAAACCCUGACCUGCCCGUACUCAUCCGAGAGGCGUCGGGCACUCCGGCAAGGUUCUUCGCGCGGUUUGAGAAGGGAGUGGAGAAACAUGUCGAGCUGGAUGGGCUGUCGCCUAGCGAUGUAGAGGCACGGGUUGCGCAGUUGCUGAAGACGUCCGCGUGA